AUGUCUACACUUUGCCAGAAACUUGAGGUGUUGAAAAUGACCUCAAAAGAUGACAAAAACGAGAGUGUGGCGUUUUUACCAUGCCUAAAACACCUCGAAGUCAUUUAUACUGGACCCAAUAAGAUGAUGACACUACUGCCCAAACUGGUGCAACACAACGCGGAUCAACUGGAAGUAUUGAAAAUAUACUCUAAACAAUGCCUAACAGCAGAACAUAUCAAAAAUAUCUCACGCUUGCGAAAAUUGAAAACACUUUCAAUCCCAUUGACUAAUCAUGGCUUAGAUCAAUUGGGUCAGUUGAAGCAACUGGAAGACUUGACGAUUGCCGGUAGCGACAAAGUGACCAACGAGGGUUUGUUGGGUUUAUUGAGAACAUGUCCGCAGCUGGACAUAUUGAAUAUACAAUUUUGUAAACAAAUUACAAACGAUUUCCUAACAGAAGUCAUAUUUAUGGCACGCUUUCGAGGACGAAAAUUUACCGUUUCCACGUAUGGUACGUCGGUGGUGGAAAGCGCAAUAGUAGAGUGUCCAUCAUAUCAAGAUGUGGCGAGCCGUUCUCUUUUAGAUGUUAAAUUUGAGUUUAUGGAGGCUGGCCUAAAGGAUUAUGAAGACGUUUAUGUACCUGCACCUGAAUAUUCAAAUAAUAGAUAUGAUGCAAAACGUAUAUAUAAUUUACAUACAUAUUUGCCUUCCAUGAAAUUCAUGUUUUGCAACUAG